CCACUCGAGGUGCUUGGUCCUGGCAGCAGCAGAGGCUGCGCUGUGCCGCGCUGCCCGUCGGAGGCCGGCCAGGCCCGCAGGGUGUGUGCUGAGUGAUUCUUGCUUGUGCAAGGCAAACUUCGGGAAGGAAACGGGGCAGGUGGACUGUGCAAGCAGGCCGCUGAAGUUUUCUUUCAAGAAGAUACCUCCAUCUGCCAAGCCUCUUGAAGCUUGGCGGUCCUCCCACCAAGCCGGUUGGGGGUCCAAGAAGAGACUCAUGCCCGGAGGUAUGAUGUGAGGUGAUGUCAGAAGAAUGGCACUCGUGAAUAGGAAGUGCAUCUGCGACCUUUGCUCCUGCGGCAGGCAUCACUGCCCAAAUCCCCCUACCAAGAUUUAUGAGAAGACAGAGAAACCAUGUCUUUUCUCCGAAUACACCGAGAAGUAUUCUACCUAUCAUACUUACAUGCCCCGAGAGUCCUUCAAACCCAAGGUGGAGUACCAGAAAGGAACUAUACCAAUGGAAGGCCUGUCCACAAUGAAGAGAGACUUUGGGAUUCACAACAUAGUACCGGUGACACACUAUCGUCCCGACAAGUUCACUCCAAGCCAAGAUGAAAUGGAUUUCCUCACCACCUAUAAUCAACACUACAACUACAGCCCUGUCAGUCGAGUGAGCCCCAUCAAACCUCGAGACAACAAACAUCCAUGUACUGACAAAAUGGAGAGUGUGCCAACGUACAAAUCUGAUUAUUUACCCUGGAACCAGCAAAGAAGACCUUCGUUUCGUCCACAGCAAACAUACCGUCCUGCGUCCUGUAGGUUUGAUCAUAGAACCACACACCAGGACGAUUAUCCCAUGAAACAUCUUGUGGAUACGGUGAGUUACAAACCUCCAUCUGUGCUAAAGCUCUGUAACAUCCCCCUGGAGAAUACAACAAGCUAUAAAUCGACCUAUGUGGCCCACCCUGUGGAGAAACGGUAUGUGUACGAGGCAGAGAAAUAUAAACCAUGUGAAAUCCCUUUUGACGGCCUGACCACCCACAGAGAAUCCUACAAGGGUUUGAUGGGAGAGCCUUCCAAGAGCUGGAAACCUGUAUCCAAGCACUCUGGGCUAGACACACCCUUUCCAUCCAACACCGAAUUUCGAGAGAAAUUCCAAGCUUGGCCAACACCCCAGAUCAUCCCCAAAGAGCCCAUCCCCUAUAUCCCUCCUGAAGGGAAGAUGGAUCUUCUGACAACUGUGCAAGCUGACUACUCAUGCCCUAAUGGUGUUCCUGCUCAGUCCUGCCGGCCAGUCCAGCACGUAAAGAAGAGUGACCGCUUUGAAGGCUCCACCACCACUAGAGAGGAUUACAAACACUGGGCUAACGUCCGCAGAGAGCCAGUCAAACCUGCUCCUCAGCUGAAAUUCCCUGAUGAGCCUAUGGAUUACAUGACCACCAAUCGUGCCCACUAUGUGGCCCACACACCUGUCAAUACCAAAAGCUGCAAGCCUCCCUGGUCCGGCCCUUGUACAAACAUCCCUUUAGAAGGUCAGACCACCUAUUCUACCAGUUUCACUCCUAAGGAAAUUCAAAAGUGCCCAGCUUCAUAUUCUGAACCCCCUGGCUACAUCUUUGAGGAGGUGGAUGCUGUAGGGCACAGGUUGUACAGGCCAGCUUCCCAUACAGCUUCUCAACAGAGCAACCAUUUUGGCUUUGGGGAUGCAUAAAGUCCUAACUAGAGAGAAUUGGCAGUCUCAGCCUGCCAUCAAAAAAUGGUUGCUUAGCAAUUGAAAUUGCACAGUAUAUUAAAAACAAACAAUUGAGGAUUAUUAAUUGGACAAAAAGAAUUCCCCAAAAUGAAAACAACAAUGUAAACAAAACAACACACUUCAUUAUCAAUUUCUGGAUAUUUGGAUGAAAUAAGAAUCACCUAAGCAAAAUGACAUGCAAUCACCAGCUAAUUGACUCCUCUUAACCCUUCCUCUACUGUACCUCCCCACCAAUAUCCCUUGCUUUGUGCUCAUGAAAUCAAAGCUGGUCUCAAGAAAAUGUUUAUCUGACCUAGGUGUAUUUUAUUAAUUUGACAUUUGCCAAGCUUGAAGUGUCAAUAAAAUUUAUG